CGGGCAGACAGCCAGCCAGCCUCCCACGUAUCCGCCAGACGAAGACAACAAAUGCGCCCGCACCGGGCACUCUCCGACGCACAAAGUGGAGUCUUACGGGAGAAUGGUUACCGCCCACAGUGCGCAAAAGAGGGGUUGCAUCCAUCGUCAAGAAGUGCUGCUGGUCAUGGGCAUUUGUCGGCAUACCUAUCCGGUAUAGGCUUCAGCAGUGUAGUAUUAUAGCGUAACGGCUAUCUCGACGUCGUCCUUUACUACAUGGCAAGGCAAGUAGCCCACUUUGACUUUCAUCCUCAUCACGCCGCCAUGCUUGCUCUCACGGCCUUAGCCGCCUUCCUGGCUUCUGCAAGUGCUGGACCGCCUUGGAGACAUCAUGGAGGUGAGGGAGGAUACCGGGGCCAUGGCCAAGACCAGCUGAACGUUGCGACAACUUCUGGACAUGUUCACGGGAAGAUCGAUGCGGGACUUCCGAACGUGCGUCAGUUCUUGGGCAUCCCGUUCGCGAAACCACCGACGGGAUCAUUACGUUGGAGUGCGCCUGAAGCCCUUUCACAGCCAGAUGCCAUGAUCGAGGCCACAGAGUUGCCACCAAGCUGUAAUCAAUUCCUGUCCAGUAGGGGCGAUUCGUUGUAUACUAGGGAGGUGCUGGAGUUCAACCUGCAAGGCUUGAAUCGGACUGGAUCUACGUCUGAAGACUGCUUGACUGCGUCUGUGUGGACCCCAACGAUUCAUGACCAGAAGAGCUGGGUUGGCUUACCUGUGCUUAUCUACAUGUAUGGAGGCGGCUGGUCGAAUGGUGGCCAGGACGUGCCAUAUCAAAUCCCGGCUCAAUGGGUGAACAGAAGUCCCGGUCACAUUGUGGUCUCAUUCAAUUACAGACUUAACAUUUUCGGCUUCCCGGGCGCACAAGGCCUCGAAGACCAAAACCUUGGCCUCCUUGAUCAGCGAGCUGCUGUGGAAUGGAUCAAGGAGAACAUCGCAGCAUUUGGAGGCGACCCAGAGCAGAUGAUCAUCUUUGGACAAUCAGCAGGAGCGGGUUCUGUGGACUUUUACAAUUAUGCUUACCCCAAAGACCCUAUCGUGAAAGGCCUGAUCAUGGAAUCUGGCACCGCACUACUGCCGAUUGGCGGUGAUUCCACCGGUAUCAACUUCACAUUUGUAGCCACACAGCUUGGAUACUCGGGCUCGAGCAGCGACUCUGCAGCCGUGCUAUCCUACAUGCGAAGUCUGGACGCCAGCAAGAUCGAGAACUUCGUUGCAAACUAUUCUGACAGCGGAUCAUCACCCGGCCUAUCUUUUGGACCUAUCUCAGACGGUAAAUCAGUCUUUGCCAACUACACUUCCCGCGCUCUCUCAGGCCAACAAGCAAACAUUCCAGCCAUCAUCGGCACAAAUCUCCAAGACGGAGUUCCUUUUGCACCAUACAACCCCAAUGGUCCCAACUUGACUCUCGCCAACGAAGCUUACCUCAGAGUUUUCUUCUGCCCUGCUACAGAAACUAUCCGUCUCCGUCAAACAACAGGCAGGCUGACUUAUGCCUAUCGCUAUUCUGGCAACUUUACAAACAUCUCUCCCAAACCCUGGAUGGGCGCUUACCAUUCUGCGGAAUUGCCAUUGAUUUUCGGCACACAUCCUGACUAUCGCGGCGCGAGUACGGACUUGGAGUAUCAGACGAGUUGUGCUAUGCAAGAUGCUUGGGUUGCUUUUGCGAAGGAUCCUGUGAAUGGA